AUGUUGCAGCCGAGCAAUGGGUGUUUGCAACAUAAUGGAUCGGUGGAUCAGCCAUCCUCCAGUUCGACCAUUAAUGGUACGGCCACUGGAAACGGUGAUGAUCAAGAACAAACUAAUGAUUUUAAUAAUAUUCAUUUUUUUAAGGACAUGAAAUUUUUGAUAUGUGAACAAAAGUAUUUGGAAUAUUUAGAGGAUGGUAAAGUUUUGGAUGCAUUACAUGUGUUGCGUAAUGAGUUGACACCUUUGCAACACAAUAUUGACAAAGUUCAUAUUCUUAGCAGCUAUAUGAUGUGUAGUGGACGAGAUGAAUUAAUGAAACGAGCAAAUUGGGAAGGAAAAGGACAUAAAUCUAGAACUCUACUCAUGGAUAUGAUUCAACAAUUUUUGCCUCCACAUAUUAUGCUACCACCCAAAAGGUUACAUAUGUUAUUGACUCAGGCAGUAGAACUGCAGAGAAAUCAAUGCUUAUUCCAUAAUACAACAUUUGAUGAUUCCAUUGAAACUGUUUCCUUACUUACUGACCAUAAGUGUUCAUUAGAACAAAUUCCAUGUGAAACCGUCCAAAUACUGACUGAACAUUGUGAUGAAGUAUGGUUCUGUCGGUUCUCGCCUAAUGGAAAAAAAUUAGCUACUGGUUCAAAAGAUGCAUCCAUUAUAAUAUAUGACGUUGAUCCAGAAACAUUAACUGUAGAACAAUCGAUCACUUUAGAUGGCCAUUCAUAUGGAGUUAGUUACCUUUCAUGGUCUCCAGAUGGCGAACUUCUCAUGGCUUGUGGCCCUGAAGACUGUCCCGACUUAUGGGUGUGGAAUGUUAGCACUGGUGUUUUGAGGUUAAAACUCUCACAUUCAUCAGAUGAUUCAUUAACUGCCUGUUCUUGGCAUAAAGAUGGCCAAAAAUUUGUCUGUGGGGGAAUCCGAGGACAAUUUUAUCAAUGUGAUUUGGAAGGUUCUGUAUUAGAUUCAUGGGAAGGUGUUCGUGUAAAUUGUCUUUGGUGUCGAUCUGAUGGAAAAACUGUUCUGGCAGCAGAUACACGUCAACGAAUUCGUUCAUAUAAUUUUGAUGAGCUAAGUGAUCAAAAUUUAAUACAAGAAGAUCAUCCUAUAAUGUCAUUCACUGUUAAUAAAACUGAUCGUCUUGCACUCCUUAAUGUUGUAUCACAAGGUGUUCAUUUAUGGGAUCUCCAAGAUAAGUGUUUAGUUAGAAAAUUUCAAGGAGUUACACAGGGCCAUUUUUCUAUACAUAGUUGUUUUGGUGGUGUUAAUCAUGAUUUUAUCGCUAGUGGAAGUGAAGAUAACAAAGUAUAUUUGUGGCAUAUUAAGCAUGAACUACCAAUAGCAACAUUAACUGGUCAUACACGAGCAGUUACAUGUGUUAGUUGGAAUCCUGUUUAUCAUCAAAUGCUUGCAUCAGUUUCGGAUGAUUGUACUGUUCGUAUUUGGGGACCUGCUGCUAAAUAUCGUAAACAAAAACCUAAUAAAAGUGAUAUAAACAACGAUUCUGGGUCACCUUCCAAACAUAUGUAAAAAAAAAAAUUAAUGAGACUAUUUGAAAACAAAUAUUGUAUAGUAUAUUUUGUUUUGCCAUUAAUAA